ACUAGGGUCUGAUCAGCAGUACGUAAAUCAAUCAAGCCACUCAAUCAGACAAUGAGCCGAGGUGGGAGCUUUGGAGGCGGACAAAGCUCGCUAGGUUAUCUUUUCGGAUCAGACAAUGAGGCUCCAAAGAGUCUCCCACCGGCUGCCCCAAAGCCUACACCACCGUACGGCGUAGAUUCCACCGACGACGACAAAAAAUCUGACCAAAAGCCUAAGAUGUCUAACGACAACAACUAUCACAGAGCUCAGGGCCAAAACUCCGGCAACUUUGUCACAGAUCGUCCAACGACCAAGGUUAAAUCGGUUCCUGGUGGAGGUUCAACUCUUGGAUACUUAUUCGGAGAUAAGUAAAGGAAUGAGAAUGAAGUUAUAAACUAGGGUUUGUAUUAUGAUCUGUUGUGUAUUUUAUGUGUAGUAGUGAUCCCUAUCUAGAUCUCUACACAUCUCUUGUUAACGUGUGUUUUGAUUUGCAGUUUUUUUUUUCAAGUUGUGGAAUUACUGGUUUCAAGUCAUGAACUCAUGAUUCAUGAAUAUCUAUACGUAUGCAUUUUCAGUUUCCUUUA